AAUAACCGACCGCGCAAAGAGAAAAAAACUGGAGAGAAAGAGAGAGCUGUUGUCUGGAGAGAGAGAGAGAGAGAGAGAGAGAGAGAGAGAGCUGUUGUCUGCAGAGCAGAGCAAUGGCUUCCAUGGCGUCCCCAAGCUCCUACUGUUACAACAUCUUCCACAACAAAGCUCAGAAUGUUUCGAAAGUUCCUCGAAUUCUACUCUCUCACCAACCACAACAGCCCAAAUCCCUUCAGAGCAACCACGAACUCCCUGCAGUCCCCGACCCAGUUACUCGAAGGGAAUUAAUACUAAGGAGCAGCGAAUUGGCGGUGGUCGGAGCCAUCUUCAACUUCAGUGGGAAAAAGCCUGAUUACCUUGGUGUGCAGAAAAACCAACCGGCUUUGGCUCUCUGUCCAGCUAGUAAAAAUUGCAUUUCCACCUCUGAAAGUGUUGCUGAUCUUACCCAUUACGCCCCACCCUGGAACUACAAUAGUGGCCGGAAAAAGCCAGUGAGCAGAGAAGUGGCAAUGGAGGAACUUCUUCAAGUGAUAAAAUCAUCAAAACCAGACAAAUUUACUCCACGGAUAGUGGAGACGAAAGAUGACUAUGUGCGAGUGGAAUACCAGAGUCCCAUUCUUGGGUUGGUGGAUGAUGUCGAGUUUUGGUUUCCGCCGAGUAAGGAUUCGACGGUGGAGUAUCGGUCUGCGUCGCGGCUGGGAAAUUAUGAUUUUGAUUACAACAGAAAGAGAAUCAAGGCACUGCGACAAGAGUUGGAAAAGAAAGGAUGGGCUUCUCAGGAUACCUUCUGAAGGACCCUUUGCCAUACAGUUAAGAGGAUCAAAUAACAUCGAGUUUUAAAAUCACUAUUUUUCAGAGAAUACGCAGGGAAAAUUGACAUGUAAUCGUUCAAUAGUUUUUGUUACAAUGAAUAAUUUACACAAUUCCGUUUCCCUCUAAAGCAAUUGGACUAAGAUGACAUGGGAGAACUAUUGUCCUCACUCCUCAGUACGUUAAAAAGUGGGGCCACGAGUGUCAAUUGGCAGGGUGGUUUUUUUAUUUUCUAUUUU